UGUAAACUCCAAGUAAACUUAUUUUCAGAACUGUUAAUCGAUCGAAACAGGUACGCAAAACGGCCGGUUGGUUGACCGGCAGGAUGUCCCAGGAUGGUCACUCGGUAGCGGUACUGUCCGGUGAUCUAACGGUGGAGCAACGGUUGGACGCUCUGGAUCGAUUCCGAACCGGACUAGAGAAGGUACAGAUUAUAACGAACGUUUUGUCCAGGGGUAUCGACGUCGAACAGGUGACCAUUGUCGUCAACUUCGACCUGCCGAUGGAUCAGCAGGGACGAGCCGAUUGCGAAACGUAUCUACAUCGAAUUAGACGCACCGGUAGAUUCGAACGGAAUCACCAUCAACCUAGUGGACAGUGAUCGAAGCAUGAUGAUUUGCAGAUCAAUCAAAAAACACUUCCGGAAAAAGAUUCAGUUGCUA